CACACGACUUAACAUAAACACAUCAAAAGCAUCAAAAAUUCACAAAUAAAACAAGUUUCUUUCUUUCUCUGAAACUAUUGUUUUUUUGAAACAGCUGUGGAGGAGAAUGAAGAUACCAGUGUUAAUACUGAUUGUCUUCUCUUGUGUUUGUUCCUCCAUUAAUGCAACUGUAUCUUAUGAUGAUAAAGCUAUUAUUAUCAAUGGUAAAAGAAGAAUUCUUAUGUCUGGUUCUAUUCAUUACCCACGUAGCACCCCUCAGAUGUGGCCUGACCUUAUAAAAAAAGCUAAGGAUGGAGGCUUAGAUGUCAUACAAACUUAUGUAUUUUGGAAUGGGCAUGAACCAUCUCCUGGGAAGUACAAUUUUGAGGGGAGAUAUGAUUUGGUGAAGUUCAUAAAACUGGUACAACAAGCAGGACUAUAUGUUCAUUUACGAAUCGGUCCUUACGUUUGUGCCGAAUGGAAUUUCGGGGGAUUUCCUGUUUGGCUUAAAUAUGUUCCUGGUAUGUCCUUCAGAACAGACAAUGAACCUUUCAAGAUUGCAAUGCAAAGGUUUACAGAGAAAAUAGUCAACUUGAUGAAGUCAGAGAAGUUAUUUGAACCUCAAGGAGGUCCAAUUAUCAUGUCUCAGAUUGAAAACGAGUACGGUCCGGUUGAAUGGGAUAUCGGUGCUCCGGGAAAAGCUUACUCUAAAUGGGCUGCACAGAUGGCUGACGGUCUAAAAACCGGCGUCCCUUGGAUCAUGUGCAAACAAGAAGAUGCCCCUGAUCCAAUGAUCGAUACAUGUAACGGUUUUUACUGUGAAAAAUUCACUCCAAACAAACCGUACAAACCUAAAAUGUUUACAGAGCUUUGGACUGGCUGGUUUACGGAAUUUGGUGGCCCGAUUCCUACCAGACCUGUACAGGAUAUAGCGUAUGCAGUUGCAAGAUUCAUACAGAAUAACGGUUCUUUUGUCAACUAUUAUAUGUACCAUGGAGGAACAAAUUUCGGCCGGACAGCUGGCGGUCUAUUCAUUACAACUAGUUAUGAUUAUGAUGCUCCUAUUGAUGAAUAUGGACUACUAAACGAACCGAAAUGGGGGCAUUUAAGGGAUUUACACACCGCGAUAAAACUAAUCGAACCAGCUUUAGUUUCGGCUUAUCCUACAGUUACCUAUCCUGGAAAGAAUCAAGAGAUACAUGUAUUUAAGCCGAAGUCCGGGGGUUGUGCUGCGUUUCUCUCAAACUACGACCCACAUUUUUCAGCAAAAAUGACGUUCGGAAAUACCCAAUAUCAACUUCCUCCUUGGUCCAUUAGCAUUCUUCAUGACUGUAAAACUGAAGUUUACAACACAGCCAAGGUAAAAGCUCCAACAACACAAAAAAAGAUGACCCCUGUUGGGCAAUUCAAGUGGCAAUCGUAUAACGAAGAAACUCCGUCGUCUGAGGACCGUGAUACUCUUGCAAUGAAAGGGUUAUAUGAGCAACUAAAUGUUACUAGAGAUGCCUCUGAUUACUUGUGGUACCUUGCAGAAGUACAUAUAUCACCAAAUGAACACUUUCUUACGAACGGGCAGCUUCCUGUGCUCACCGUUAUGUCAGCGGGGCAUGCGCUGCACGUCUUUAUCAAUAAUCAGCUGGCAGGAACGGUAUGGGGAUCACUAAAAAAUCCGAAGUUAACAUUUAGUCAAAGUGUAAAGUUGAGAGUAGGUGUUAACAAGAUCUCUAUGCUAAGCGUUUCUGUGGGCCUUGCGAAUGUGGGCACGCAUUUCGAGACCUACAAUGUGGGAAUUCUAGGACCAAUAACCUUGAAGGGGUUAAAUGAGGGUACAAGAGACUUGACAAAGCAACAAUGGUCUUACAAGGUUGGUUUAAAAGGUGAAACGUUGAGUCUCGAUACACUUGACGGGAGUUCGUCUGUUGAGUGGCUACAAGGAUCCCUUGUGGCUCAAAAGCAGCCUCUUACUUGGUACAAGACUACUUUUAACGCUCCAGAAGGAAACGAUCCACUAGCUUUAGAUAUGAAUGGCAUGGGAAAAGGUCAAAUAUGGAUCAACGGUGAGGGCCUCGGGAGAUACUGGCCCGCAAACAUAGCUCAUGGUAAUUGUGAUAAAUGCAGUUACACCGGGAUUUAUAAUGAAAACAAAUGCAACCGCUAUUGUGGAGACCCGUCUCAAAGAUGGUAUCAUGUUCCGCGAUCAUGGUUGAGACCAACCGGUAACUUGUUGGUUGUUUUUGAAGAAUGGGGAGGCAACCCAGAUUGGAUCACUUUGGUCAAAAGAACCACUUAAAUAGUAACUUGUAUUGUACAUACAUAUAUAUACAUAGAUUAAAAGAAUAUGAAAAUAGCUUACUAUGUAAAUGUAUAUUGGCCAAUAAAAGAGCAGUAUAAUUGUAUUUUUCUGUAUGAACACAACAAAUGAUGCAUUGUAAUUACAAAUUUCAUUGUUAUU